AUAAAUGCCAGCAGAAUGUGUUAAAGUCAUUGUUAGAAUGCGUCCAUUUAAUCAAAGAGAAAAAGAAAAUGGGAGUAAGCCAUGUGUUACAGUUUAUGAGGAGACAAAUGCAGUUGAAUUACGAAAUGUAUAUUUUUUUAAACAUUAAUAUAAUAGACAUAAGAUAAUGAUGUAAAAUCAUAUACAUAUGAUUAUGUAUUUGGAGCAGAAACACCUUAAUUAUAAAUAUAUUAGAAAACUGCUUUCAAUUUGGUAGAGAGUGUUGCAGAUGGCUAUAAUGGAACAAUAUUUGCAUAUGGUUAAACAGGUAUUAAUAUUGAAUUAAUAUAAAAAGGUUGUGGUAAAACUUUCACUAUGAUUGGAGACCCAUCUAGUGUAAUAAUAUUAUUCAUUAUUAGGAUACAAUGAAGGGAAUUAUACCUAGAACUUUUGAUUAAAUAAUCAGCAUAAUUAAUAAUAAUUCAGACACAAACAAAAAAUUUCUACUUCGUUGUUCUUACAUAGAAAUUUAUAAUGAAGAAAUACAUGAUUUAUUGAGCAAAGAUGUUAAAUAGAAAUAUGAUUUAAAAGAAGGAUAAUAAGGAGUAUUUAUUAAAGAUUUAAAUAUUGCAGUGGUUAGAACCACUUAAGAAAUGGAUAGAUAUAUGUAAUUGGGUACAUAAAACAGAUCAGUUGGAGCAACAGCCAUGAAUAAAGAAUCUAGUCGUAGUCAUUGCAUUUUUACUGUUUACAUAGAAUGUUCUGUUACAGAUUAAAAAGGUAAUGAAAGAAUUACUGCUGGUAAAUUAAACUUAGUUGAUUUGGCAGGAAGUGAAAGAUAAUCAAAGACAUAAGCAACUGGAGAUAGAUUGAAAGAAGCUACUAAAAUUAAUCUAUCUCUAUCAGCGUUAGGUAAUGUCAUUUCAGCUCUUGUUGAUGGAAAAACAUAACAUAUUCCUUAUAGAGAUUCUAAAUUAACAAGAUUACUCUAAGAUUCUUUAGGAGGAAAUACAAAAACUAUUAUGAUUACUGCUAUUAGUCCAUCUGAUUUUAAUUAUGAUGAAACUUUAUCUAGUUUAAGAUAUGCUUCAAGAGCUAAAAUGAUUAAGAAUUAACCAAAAGUAAAUGAAGAUCCAAAAGAUGCAUUAUUAAAAGAGUAAGCUGAAGAAAUCAAAAGACUUAAGGAAAUGCUUUCAAAAUAAGCAGCUGGUUAACCAAUAACAUUUGAAGCAUUUUAACCUGCUGUUAAUCCUGAAAAUAAUUAAGAACUUGUAAGAUUAAAAGAAGAAAAUGAUAGAUUAAAAGAGAAGAAUAAAUAGAAUGUUUAAGGAAGUAGUGGUCCAUCAGAGGAAAAGCUUAAAGAAUUACAUGAAUUUAAAGAGAAAAAUAAUUAAUUACUUUAAGAGAAAGAAAGAAUUGAGUUAGAAGUUAAAGAGAAAGAGUAUUAAGCAGAAUAGGAGAGAUAAGCUAGGAAAAGGUUGGAAGAUUUAUUGAAAGAAAAAGAAUAAAUGAUGGUUUAGGGUGGAAGAGGUACUGAAGAUGAGAAAAAGAAAUAUAAAAAAUUAAGAUAAGCAAUUGAUUAAUAAAAAAAGGAGCAUGAAAAUCUUAUCAAUUAAUAAGAAUAAUAGUAAUAAGAACUUUUAUAAAUUGAAACUAAAUAUUAAAGUGUAUAAGAGGAAGUUGAAAAAUUGAGGAAACUAGUAAAAUAUUUAAGAAAGAAAUUAGAAGAAGCUUAAAAUGAAUAAAAAGAUUUGAAAUAAGAAGUAGAAUAUGAAAAGGAAGAUUUAUUAGAUACUAUUAGAAGUUAAGAGAAAGAAAUUAAAUUAUAUUCUGGUAUAAUAAAAAUGAUGUUUAAUUAAAUUGAAUUAGAAUCACUUCAAGCAGCAUGUGAAUGGGAUGAUGAAUCUUAAGAUUAUAAGAUUCCUCCAUUUAAUUUUAAAGCAAAAAAAGUCAAUUUCCCUAAUCUACCUUAUAAAUAAGGUAAUUAAAUAAAUUUAUCUUAGCAAUUGAUUUAAUAGAAUAAGAAAAGGCAGAAAGAAUGCUUGAAAUUAAUUCUCGAUAAUCAGAUAAAAUUAGUUACAAUGAUACUGAAUACAAUUAAAGAAUGGCUUCUCCAAAACAACAAAGAAAAGGUAUUAUUAUUUAAUUUAAUUUAAAGAAUCUCAACAAAAAUAAAAUGGAAUCAGUUAACCUUAAUUAGAUAGAGCAUAAUUGGUAGCUGAAAAAAUUAAGUUGAAUUAUUAAAUGUUAGAAGAAAAAGAAGGAAAAUAACAUUAUUCAAAUGAAAUCUCAAAUUAAUAGUUCAAUGAAAAAAAACCUAAUUAAAAAAUAAUCUUGAGUCCUAUAGAUAAUAGAGGAAAUACAGUACCUACUUUUACUAGUCAAUAUGGUUUUAAUAGCAAUUAAAACAAUAGCAAUUUAUCAUAGGCAACUCCACCUACAAAUAAGAAAAGUAAUUUAAAGCUAAAUUCUUAGAUGUUAAUUUAUAACCUUUAGAAUCAAAGCCAUAGCUACCUUUACCUGAUGAACAGUAAAGAAGAAAAUAACAUUAGAGAGUGUAAUAAAUUUGA